AUGAAGAAGAUGUUGGAACUUCCAGAGGAAAUGUUAGAAGAGAUAUUAUGUCGUGUUCCGACUUUGUCUCUAAUCCGGUUCCGAUCUACCUGCAAAAGAUGGAACCGUUUGUUCAACGAUAAGAGCUUCAGAUCAAAUCACCUUGAGAAAUCCCCAAAGCAGUUUAGGGUUAUCAUGUUGAAUGAGGCUAGGUUAUGUUUGAUGCGCAUCAAUCACCUUAGGGUUUCACCUAUAGAGGUCAAAGCCCAAUUUAACCUAAUUGACCCUCGCUCUCGUUUAUACGAAGUCAGGAUUUCUCAAGUCUUUCACUGCGACGGCUUAUUGUUAUGUGUUACCCAAGAUAGAAUCCCUAGGCUCUUGGUUUGGAACCCGUGUACUGGUCAAACAAGGUGGAUCAAGAUCAGUAUUGUAAGGGACGCCGCUAGGCCCGCUACAUAUGCUCUUGGAUCUUACCAAAACACAACGUCCAAUGUUGGUUACUCCUACAAAAUAUUGAGUGGCCUGGUUUAUAGUCUUUUUAAGGACAAACAAGCAUUCGAAGUUUAUGAGAUGAAGUCUAGUUCAUGGAGGGUUCUUGAUGCACCUUUGGACUUCAUAAUUAAGGAACUUGAUCGUGGCUUGUCUUUGAAGAGAAAGACUUACUGGAUUGCUGAUGUUAUAAAAAGUCCGGGACACAAGAAAUUCUUAGUAAGUUUUGAUUAUUCAACAGAAAUAUUUGAACAUGUAUGUCUUCCGGAUCAGGGUUCUAGGUUUGAAACUCUGUCUGUAUCCGUUGUUAGAGAUAAGAUUGGUGAGACCAAAGCGGUGUCGUGGAGCAAGAUCUUAGCGGUAGAUAUAUGUUUUUUCGAUACGAUCGCGGAUGGCAGAAGUUUCCUUGUCGAUGAGGAGAGAAAAGUCCUCGUGUGUUGUAGUUUGAACUUCCGUGUACACAUCAUCGUUGGAGAGGACAAUAAUGUCAGAGAUUACGCAGUUACUACGUCACUGUGUCCGAUAUCUUUGUUUAGUUACGUGCCAAGUUUGACUCAAAUCCAGCAAGCGAAUGAUAUCGGAGGCAAAAGAAAAAGAGGCGACGAAUAA